AUGGUAGAGCUGCUCAAACUAGAAAACGACAGCGAGGCAGCUUACCCCGUCUAUCAUAUUGAUAACCCUGUCGGUCAGCCGUGGGAGGAAAUGUCGCCGGUGCUUGCAGCCGCCCUCGACAUUCCUCCCCGGAACAUUAUCCCCUAUGCCGACUGGAUCUCUCGCGUGCGCCGCUCAUCAUUGUCUACCGACGAGAACCCGGCCGCCCGUAUCGUUAACUUCCUCGAUGGUCACUUUGAGCGCAUGUCCUGUGGUGGUAUAAUCCUCAGCAGCCAGAAAUCGGAGGAGCACUCGACCACCAUGGCUGCCGAAGGUCCCGUGAGCGCUGACAUCGCGCGAUCUUAUGUGGAAUCCUGGAAGGCCAUGGGGUUCCUGAAAUAG